AUGGUCGUCCCUCGCACGGUACUUUCUGGUCUGCUCGCACUUGGCCUUGUGGGCUCGGGUCUUGCAGGCAAUACUGAUAGCACUGUGACCUACGAGUCCCCCAUCAUUGAGUCCUGGGACGGUGAAGAGACGAACCUGACCAUCUCGUUUGACGUCGUGGGCGCUGAUUACGCGCACCUGUACAAUAUAACUAACGUCCUGGCUGCGCGCACUGGCAUCACUACUAAGGUUGCUGUCGCCCAGAUUGCCAGUGUUGCCUCCCAGGUCAUCAUGACUGCCGGCUCCGCAGUCACUAUUUACGAAUUUAUUGCUAGUAUCAUGAAGGCGAAGUCUGAGCCUAAUUUGUGCGCCCUUGCCUAUGGCACUGACUCUAAUGGCACCCACACUGAGGGCUACGCCUAUAAAGCCACCACCACUGGCAGCAACUGCGAAACUACAGCUGAGAAGAAGACACUUCUAUCUGCCAUGGAAAAGUGCGCAAAUGCCCUGCACACUAAGGGGGCAGUAUGGGGCUGCUGCACUAUGCACCAUGAGAGAAACAGUUGGGCUGAGCUUGUACAGCAAAGUUAG